GUUGGCAGCACUGGGAUCGAUAACUGGAUUUCGUGUGGUGUGCGUCUGAUGCCGGUGUUUGUGUGAUUUUAAUCGAAUCGUUAUAUAAUGGCAAGAGGCGGAAUUAGAGGGAGAGGAGGAAUGAAUCGCGGUAUCGGAAGACCCCCAUAUAAAGUCAAAAUGUUUUUGCCCCGACACCCUUUUGACUUGGCCCUUUGUGAGUCAUCAUUUCCACGUGUAAAACCCGCCCCUGACGAAACUGCGUUCACCCAGGCCCUUUUGAAGCGUAAUGUUGAUUUGUCCCCGACUGCGUCCGAGCAAACCGCUAUUUUAAAUUUGGUCACGAAGAUACAAACGGUUUUGGAUAAUCUUGUGGUGGCCCCUGGAGCAUUCGAUGCAUGUCAAUUGGAAGAAGUGCGUCAAGUGGGUUCAUUCAAAAAGGGCACAAUGGUGACCGGCCACAACGUAGCCGACAUUGUGGUAAUACUUAAAACCCUCCCCACUCGCGAAGCCGUAGAAGCCCUCGGCAAUAAAGUCAAAGAAGAUCUGAAAAGCCUAAUGAAAAGCGAAGUAGUGACAAAGGGCGAACAGCUCACCCACACCACCAACGAACGGGGCAUCGAAAUCAGCAACAGCUUCGCCUGCGUGCGCGUUAUGGUCACCACCCUCCACCAUAACAUCCGGAAACUCGACCCCGAAAUCCACUUGGAUCAAAAAAUCAUGCUGAGCCACCUCGCGGCCAUCAGGCACAGCCGGUGGUUCGAAGAAAACGCCCAUCACUCAUCCAUUAAAGUAUUAAUCCGCCUAUUGCGAGACAUCCGGACUAGGUUCGAGGGCUUCGAACCUCUCACUCCGUGGAUGUUGGAUUUGCUGGCUCAUUUUGCCAUUAUGCAUAAUCCUAGUCGACAGGCCCUGCCAAUUAAUGUCGCGUUUAGAAGGGUUUUCCAGUUGUUGUCUGCUGGCCUGUUUUUACCGGGAUCAGCGGGGAUUACGGAUCCCUGCGAAGGGGUCAGUUUACGAAUUCAUACUGCAAUGACGCUGGAACAACAGGAUAUUUGUUGCUUAACGGCUCAGACCUUGUUGAGAGUGCUGUCCCAUGGGGGUUAUAAACAUAUUUUAGGUCUAGAAGGGAACGCUUCUAUCGCUAAAGAGAUGUCGGUUUGGGAUGGAGUGGUGGUUUCGCCGCUUGAUAAAGCUUAUGAAAAUCCUCCAGAGAAGAAGGAUGGCGAAGAAGAGGACGAGGAUAUGGAAGCCGAAGGCGACGAAAGUAUGGAGACUAUUGAAAAUUAAUGUGUUAAGGUAAUUUUAUUUUAUUUUGAUUAUGUUGAUUGAUUGGUCGCGUGAAGAAACUCAUUAUAAGUUGAGUUGCAUUUCGUAUUUGUACAAUAAAGUCUUAAUAUGGAAGAAUA